AUGGGCUGGCCUUGGGGAUUCCUAAUACUCACAAUCGGCCUGGCAAACAGUCAGCAGCCGGUAUUCCGAAAGUUCGAGUACAAACAUUCGUUCCGAGCACCAAAUCUCGCUCAACGCGAUGGCUCAAUACCGUUCUGGAUGGUGAGUGGUGUGUUCAGUCAAUUCAACUGGGAUUGUGUCUGUUGUAUGCGCUUGGCGCGCGCGCAUUCAGCUGUUAAAACAUCGUCAGCAAUAACAGAACAACAGCAGGCUAUAUCAUUUGUACAUCUGUGCAUAAUGCGCUGGAAAAUCGAUAGAAUAGUAGUUCUUGAUACCACAAGAAAUAAAACCGCUAACAGAAAUUACCGAGCCAGUGGAGAAACUAUUCAGGUAUCUGGGGAUGCAAUCGCUUCGGGAGAGCAACUACGUCUUGCUCCAUCAAUGCGAAGUAGAAAAGGUAUCGUUUGGAAUAAGCGACCAAUGCAAGAGAGCGAGAACUUCCAGGUUGAUGUUAGUCUGAAAGUCGCUGGACAGGGCCGUAUCGGCGCUGAUGGAAUGGCCAUUUGGUAUACCGCGCAAAUGGGAAGUAUCGGACCUGUAUUUGGUGCUAAUGACUUCUGGACUGGAAUGGGUAUUUUCAUGGAUUCCUUCGAUAACGAUGGCCAGAAGAAUAACCCCAUUAUCGCUUUGAUGAUCAAUGAUGGUACUCGCUCAUACGAUCAUCAGACAGAUGGUAGCCAACAGAUACUUGCUAGCUGUCAAAGAGAUUUCCGUAACAAGCCCUAUCCUGUUCACUUGCGUAUCGAAUACUUGAAGAAUGUGCUCACAGUCUACGUUGACGAUGGUAUGCAGCAAACACCACGAUUUGAGCUUUGCAUGAGAGCUGAAAACAUCCUUCUGCCUCGCAACGGUCACUUCGGAAUGUCGGCAGCCACUGGUGGCCUUGCUGGUACUUCUUUCCCAUUCAUAUUUGAUGCUUCCGAACGAUUACUCCAUGACCACGAUGUCCUUGACUUCUCGGUCUUUUCCAUCCAAACCGAUGCCCGAGCUUCCACUCCUACUGCUAUUCCACAAGAUGAAAAAUCUAAGUAUGAUGAAGAGUUCAAAAAACAGAUGGAGGAGUACGAAGCUGAGAAAGCCAAGUAAAU